AGAGGUUUUGUCGGGAAAGCGGCCGGGUGGAUGGGGCUGCGCAUGCGCAGGCUCUCUAAUAGAGGGGGCUGCAAGGAGAAAAGCGAAGGGGUGAUUGGAGCUGCUGUGCUGGCAGCAGCUAGAGAGGGCGCGGCUGCGGGGUUACUGGUGCUGAGGACCGACGCCAUUGGAGCCCUAGCGAAGCACCGCCCAGGGGAGCUACAGCAUGGAAUCAGAAGGCUACAAUGUUGAAGACAUGGAUGAGGGUAGCCAGGGAGUCGGGGAGGAAGAGAUGAUUGAAGGAAACGACUAUGAAGAAUUUGGUGCUUUUGGUGGUUACGGCACCCUUACCAGCUUUGACAUCCAUAUCCUCAGAGCCUUUGGUAGCUUGGGUGCAGGCUUUCGCAUCUUGUCGAAUGAGCCCUGGGAACUGGAAAACCCUGUGCUGGCCCAGACCCUGAUGGAGGCAUUGCAGCUGGAUCCAGAAACCCUUGCCAGUGAGGCAGCCGCCCGUGCUACGAACAUAGCCCGCCCUGCGGCCUCCAACUGGGCCACUCCUGCCAUUGCCGCCACUGCCCAUAUCACUUCCAACAAUAGGGCAGCCGCUAACCACCCAGUGGCUAGAGACCAGGCCUCAGGAGACGAUACCGAGCCCAUGACAUAUGCCGAGGCUCAGGGAGUCACCCCUAGGACAACUCCUGCUUUUCCACAGACCUCCAAGAUGCCAGUCAACAGUGAGAUGACUGCCCCUGGGGCUCCAGCAACCUCCACGGAGCCCCAGACAGCCUCCCAGGCCCAGGAGGCUGCUACUGAGGGCCCUAGUACUGCCAGUGCUUUCUCUCAGGCUCCACGUGCCAGUGAGCUGGAUACCACCCGGCCCAAGACUGUCUUUCUAGGUCAGAACGAUGUCUUUGAUUUCACCCAGCCUGCAGGUGUCAGUGGCAUGGCCUUCCCACGGCCUAAGAGACCCACCCCAGCCCAAGAGGCUGCGACGGAUGGCCUCAGUGCUGCCUCUCGUGUGCACCAGGCAGCAUCUGCCAAGGAGGUGGCAGCCACCCAGCCCAAGACAACCAAGUCUGGGAAGGCUCUGGCCAAGACUCGGUGGGUGGAGCCUCAGAAUGUUGUGGCAGUGACUGCUGCCGAGGCCAAGAUGGCCACAAGCAUCCCUGAGCCUGAGGGUGCAGCUGCCACUGUUCAGCACAGUGCUGAGCCCCGGGCCAGGAUGGGAGGCAAGAGGACGAAGAAGGUGAGAUCUCCCUGCCAUUUCCACACGCCCUCACUCCCUUCCUUCCCCUCCCCUCCCCUUUCCUCUCCCUUUCUCUCAGCCUGUCCAUGUUUCGCCAACACAAGUGGGCCGAGUAUUGUUUUUACUCCACAAAGUUCUUGUCUUCAGGGAGCACACAGACUAGUGGAAGAAGAGUCCAAGCACCUGGAUGAUGAAUAUGAGAGCAGCGAGGAGGAGAGAGAGCCUCCUGCAGUCCCACCGACCUGGAGAGCAUCGCAACCCCCAUUGACGGCGAGGACUCCGAUGGCCCCUCGGCCCCCGAUGACCCUGAGGUCCCAGAUACCCUCAAGGCACGUACUGUGCUUGCCACCCCGCAAUGUGGUCCUUCUGCAAGAGAGGGCAAAUAAGUUGGUGAAGUACCUGAUGAUUAAGGACUACAAGAAGAUCCCCAUUAAGCGCUCAGACAUGCUGAAGGAUGUCAUCCGAGAAUACGACGAACAUUUCCCAGAGAUCAUUGAAAGAGCAACAUACACUCUGGAAAAGAAAUUUGGGAUCCACCUCAAGGAAAUUGACAAGGAAGAACACCUGUAUAUUCUUGUCUGCACACAGGACUCUUCAGCUCGCCUUCUUGGGAAGACCAAGGACACUCCCAGGUUGAGUCUCGUCUUGGUGAUUCUGGGCGUCAUCUUCAUGAAUGGCAACCGUGCUAGCGAGGCUGUCCUCUGGGAGGCACUACGCAAGAUGGGACUGCACCCCGGGGUGAGGCACCCAUUCCUUGGCGAUCUGAGGAAGCUCCUUACAGAUGACUUUGUGAAGCAGAAGUACCUGGAGUACAAAAAGAUCCCAAAUAGCAGCCCACCUGAGUAUGAAUUCCUCUGGGGCCUGCGAGCCCGCCAUGAGACCAGCAAGAUGAGGGUCCUGAGAUUCAUCGCGCAGAAUCAGAACCGAGACCCCAGGGAAUGGAAGGCUCAUUUCUUGGAGGCUGUGGAUGAUGCUUUCAAAACUAUGGAUGUGGAUAUGGCUGAGGAACAUGCCAGGGCACAGAUGAGGGCCCAGAUGAAUAUCGGGGAUGAAGCUCUGAUUGGACGGUGGAGCUGGGAUGACAUACAGGUGGAGCUCCUGACCUGGGAUGAGGAUGGAGAUUUUGGCGAUGCCUGGGCCAGGAUACCGUUUGCUUUCUGGGCCAGGUACCAUCAGUACCUUCUGAAUAGUAACCGUGCCAACAGGAGAGCCACAUGGAGAGCUGGUGUCAGCAGUGGCACCAAUGGUGGGGCCAGCACCAGCAUCCUAGAUGGCCCUAGCACUAGCUCUACCAUCCGGACCAGAAAUGCCGCCAGAGCCGGUGCCAACUUCUUCUCCUGGAUUCAACACCGCUGAUGAACUGUAGCAAUCUUACUCUCCAAACCAGAGUGCCUCCUCAGAUUCCUUCUUAACCCAGCACUCGUGGCAGCUUCUACCUGUCGAUUGAAGAUGGCAUGCAAGAUGAAGCUUUCUUCGCUUUUUCUGCCUUUGUUGCUUGCUUUUUCUUGUGCUUUCAUGUUUUUGGUAUCAGUGUUACAUUAAAAUUACAAAAUUAAUUUGGACGUUUCCGCCUUUUCGUGUGCACAUGUUGCUAGAACUGCCAUGUGGUUGGGCUCUUAGGGAGGAACCUUCUUUGGGCUGUCUGGUGUAGGUGGGCCCCGCCUCUGCCUAAAAGGUGGGUAGGCAUGGGUAGGAUUCUGGGAGGUGUUGAGGUUCCAGCUGAGUGUGGAUACCAUGAGUUUACAGAGGCCCCAGUCCACAUAGUUGUGUGAUGUAUUACAAGCAUUGCUCAGCAGCCCCAGGUAGACUCCAGCAGGGGAGCAGGGGAAGGGAUGGAGUGGAGGACUGUGGGCUGGUGCCAACUGUCCCUCCCAGCAAGGAAAGAGAGUCCAUAGGCACUCACCAGGACCCACCUCUUGCUCCCUUGUCUUUAGAGGUGCUGUCCUGGAACUGUUCCCUCAUCAUCCACAGGGUUUCAAGACCUCAUCACUGUGACCUGGCUUAAGGACAAUAGGCAGGACUCACAAUGACAUUUUCACCCCUCCAGCAAGGAGGAGGAGGAGGAGCCAUUAUUGCUAAGA